GAGGUGCGGCCCGGAGUCCGGCUGCCUGGUCCGCACAGCGCCCGACCUCCCUCUCCUCAGAGCAGGCGGCCAUGGAGCGCCUGGUGCAGCGGGUGCGGGACGCUUUCCGCAGCGGCCGCUCGCGCCCCCUGAGCUUCCGGCGGCAGCAGCUCGAGGCGCUGCGCAGGCUGGUGCAGGAGCGCGAGCGCGACAUCCUGGCGGCCAUCGCCGCCGACCUGAGCAAGAGUGAGCUGAACGCCUACAGCCAUGAAGUCAUUACCAUUCUUGGGGAAGUUGACCUCGUGCUGGAGCAGCUUCCUGAGUGGGUUACUGCUAAGCCAGUCAAGAAGAACCUGCUCACCAUGAUGGACGAGGUCUACGUCCAGCCAGAGCCCCUGGGGGUCGUCCUGAUUAUAGGGGCGUGGAACUACCCCUUCGUUCUCAUCAUGCAGCCGCUGAUCGGAGCCAUUGCUGCAGGAAAUGCUGUGAUUAUCAAGCCUUCUGAACUAAGUGAAAAUACAGCCAAGAUCUUGGCUAAGCUGCUCCCCCAGUAUUUGGACCAGGACCUGUACACUGUGGUUAAUGGCGGUGUUGAGGAAACCACCGAGCUCCUGAAGCAGCGGUUUGACCACAUCCUCUACACCGGGAGCACUGCGGUGGGGAAGAUUGUCAUGGCGGCUGCUGCCAAGCAUCUGACCCCGGUGACCCUGGAGCUGGGCGGGAAGAGUCCGUGCUACAUCGACAGAGACUGUGACCUGGACGUCGCCUGCAGACGCAUAGCCUGGGGCAAGUACAUGAACUGCGGCCAAACCUGCAUUGCUCCCGACUACAUUCUCUGCGAGCCAUCUCUCCAGAGUCAAAUCGUGCAGAAGAUUAAGGAAACUGUGAAGGAAUUUUAUGGAGAAAAUAUAAAGGAAUCUCCUGAUUAUGAAAGGAUCAUCAAUCUUCGUCACUUUAAGAGGCUCCUGAGUUUGCUUGAAGGACAGAAGAUCGCCUUUGGUGGGGAGUCUGACGAGGCCACCCGCUACAUAGCCCCAACAGUACUUACUGACGUUGACCCUGAAACCAAGGUGAUGCAAGAGGAAAUUUUUGGACCAAUUCUCCCAAUAGUGCCUGUGAAGAAUGCAGAUGAAGCCAUAGAAUUCAUAAAUGACCGCGAGAAGCCAUUGGCUCUCUACGUGUUUUCUCGUAACAACAAGCUCGUCCGGCGGAUGAUUGACAGCACGUCCAGCGGGGGCGUCACGGCCAACGACGUGAUCAUGCACUUCACGCUCAGCUCGCUGCCCUUCGGGGGCGUGGGUUCCAGUGGGAUGGGAGCUUACCACGGAAAAUACUCUUUCGACACUUUUUCUCAUCAACGUCCCUGCUUAUUGAAAAGUUUAAAGGGAGAAAGUGCUAACAAGCUCAGGUAUCCCCCCAACAGCCAGUCCAAGGUGGAUUGGGCAAAAUUCUUCCUUCUGAAGAAGUUCAGCAAAGGCAAACUCGGUCUCCUGCUCCUCGCCAUCCUGGGCGUGGUGGCCGCCGUGCUGUUCAAGAAACACCGGGCUGUGCUGAGGAGGGAGGCCCUGCUGGGCUUCCUGGCCGCCCCGGGAGCCGUGUGAGCGACGUGUCAGAACCAGCUGUCUGUGCAGUGAGGUGCUGGACUACUGAACAGUGGCCCCACUCCGCCUCCUCGCCGCCCAGGAACUACUCUGUGCAGUAGUUAAUGAAGCCAUAGCUUUAGCAUCCUGCCAGGAACGGAAGAGAACAUGCACCCUAAUCAACCCUGAUGUCAUUGCCAAGCGCCAUGAAUGCAACUUGCAUUUCAGCCAAAUCCCAGCAUUCCCCACUGAGGACCCUCAGAGCCUCCCUCCUCCGGACUGUGCCGCCCGGACUGGGGCCAGGGAAGGAGUGCCUGAGCUGCCCCUGCAUCCCUGGGAGCCCAAAGGCGUCUCGGAACCACUCAGGGACUGCCUCCCCCCGGGUCAUGGGACAUGGGACGCCCCGCCCCGCCCCGUCCCUGCUGUUGCCUCCACCAGGGAGAUGAGGAUAGAUUUUCCCGGGCUCUAGAACCGGGGAGAAGAGUCCCUGUCCCUCAUUCGCCCUUGGGGCUUGCGGACCUGACCUCCACCAGGUGGCCCACUGGCAGACGUGCCGCCUGACCAGGUGCUCCUCCGUUCUCGUCCACCGCCGUCGCGCUGUGUUUGCUUUGUGGCACCUCUGGUCCCUGCCCAAGGGGCUUAUUGGGGCGGCAGCCCCGGGGCACCUUGUCAGUCCUGGAAGACUCGGGUGUCACCGUCACUCGCACGGUGUAGGCGUUGUUCUAGGAUCUACAUCUUACAAAACCUAACUGGCAUUUUGAAUGGAGUAGAAAUGCUGUACUUACAACAAUUCUUAUCCUCUGUCAGGGCCCUCAAAUUGCGAGCUAGUGGCCUUCCAAGGACAGAUCUUUAAGUUUUUUUAUUUCUGUAGCACAAUGCAAGUAAAUUUCACUUUUUUACACUUCAGAGAGGCCCCUUUGGGGAACCCAUUUCCGUCCGUCUUGGGCAGGAGACCGUGGCUGCUCGGGGUGGGAAGGUCCUUCGGGAAAAUCUGCAGGAAGACUCCACGCCAGGCCGAGGGGAUGGAGGACCGAGCAGCCCUCCUGAGGGGCAGGGCCUGCGGGGCUCAGCCGGGGACCAGCCAAACUGGAGCCCAGAGGAGGGCGGCUCCCCGCGGGGCCUGCUGGGGACCAGCCGGGGACCAGCCGCCAGAGCCGCACCCUCCCCCUUGGAGACAGACUCCGCCCACUGGGUGAGAGAAUGUGGUUUACUGGUGGAAUGUGUAAUCAGCUUUGCUGAAUGAGUUUGCUCCUGAAGACCCGUCUGAAGUAUGUCUUUAUCACAGAACGAGGCGUCAAGAAUUAAUCACUACCCUAGUUUAGGAAAAGGUUGCUUAACUGUAACAAUAGAAUAAUCAAUCAUAACUUCAGUAUGGCAUUUUCAUUUAGUAAAUUGUAAUUAUAAUUUCUAGUUAAACUAAAUUAUUGGCUUGUCUGCUUCAAAAUAAACCAUUAUAUUUGAUGAAA